AUGGCGUCGACCAACAUGCAGUUCGAUGCUGCCAUCGGUGGGAGCGUAACACUACCGAAAAGCGUGGAUCUGGUCAGCUUUGCCGAGAGCCGGAAGGAAGAGGUGUGCCAGAUGCUGCGCAACAUGACCAGCACAAUGCACCAGCGAAAGCUAAUGCAUCAAUCGCUACCCAUUCAUAUGCGCCGUCGGGCCAUGUCGUACGAUGUGAAGCGUUUGCCCCGCAAGUUCCGUACCGUGCACCUGGCCCAAUUCAGCAAGAGCGGCGUGUCGGAGAAGAAAAAACGACCCUCUCGCAAGUUCCGGCGCAAGGCGCACAAUUUGCUCAAGGAGUACGAACGACGGAAACGAGCGUUCGUGUGGCUUGAAACGCACGUCUGGCACGCGAAGCGGUUCCGCAUGUCAUCCCGCUGGGGAUACAAGAUACCGCUAACACCGUACAAUAAAGUGUACCGGUCGAGCUAUCGGGCCACCUCGAAGCACUGUUUGGUGCAUGAUCUUUCGUACGAAGGUUGUAUCGAAAUUAGUGGGGCGGAAACCAUUCUGAAGGAAGGCUUGCGCAGGUUAUGUAGCGAGCAAACAGGACUGACCGUAGCUGCGAAGGCAUACACGGCUGGGCAGCGUGCGGGUUACGUUUGGCUGUAUGAAGAUGGUGCGUAUCCGUACAAUUGUCUCGGCAGGGUGCGGUUCGUAUGGCGUACAACUGGAAUCUGUAAUAACACCGAACGGCGAACUAUCUGGAUAUUUGCUCAUCCAACGUUUUACCGCCCGUUGGUCGAACAGUUGGUCCAAGUUUUUCAGCUCAAAAAUGCAUUACGUGAAACGAAUCAAACCAUUGCAGACAUUACAAGGAAUCCAGCCGAAAUUCGCUGUCCACGCUAUACUUCCAAAUCCGGUGUGGAGGUUGUGGAGCUAAAGGACACUCUGAAUCGAUUUCAUCUCACGGGACCUCUUUCUCAUGCGACAAUCGUUAAAACGUUUCGUUUGUUCACUCCACCAACACAGACGAAACAGACUCACCGGACCUGGUGGAAUGACUUUAUCGACAGCACACCGAAGUACAACAAAAUACUAUCGCAGCAAACGAGCUACUGGGCGGACAUCAAAGACCUUACCACACCGGGCGAACUUAGUCCGGGAGAGGUGAUUGCUCUGCUCGUGCAGGAUCCGCGACUGAAUCGACCCACCAGACGCACCAAAGCACUGCCGAAUGUGCCUACACGAUACAACUUCACACAAGGCAUCCCGCCUGAGCUGGUGCAACCCCGAGCGAUCAGGAGCUUUUCACCCCUGUGGGACGAAACGAUCCGGCAGCGUAUUGGCGCAGAAAUGAAAUCGACUCACGAGUUGAAUCAACUGCGUAGCGUCGAAACAUUGCUACCCGGAGAACCGUGCGUGUCGGAAACACAUCUUCAGCCACUGCCUAUCCUUUUGCUGCAAUCACCCGGUUCGCAAGAUGCCGACUACAAACGACUCGGAUACGGUUCCGGCUGGGAAGUAAUCGUGCCCGCCGGGUAUGGCUUGGCCGUGUGGCAUUCGUUGGUGAUGUGGGGAGCGAAACCGGUCGGACAGAAGGAACUGGACAUGGUCGCGCUUGAGUCCGGGCACGACCGGUCCGGUGUGCCGGAUACGGUGUUUGGUAAAGAUGAAGCCGUUCACAAGCAUUCGGAAUCAUUGAGCAGAUACUUUAAGCGCCCGAACAAUAAGCGGGUAAACUACACGAAACUUGCCAUUGCAUCGCCAUUCCGGUGUCCCUGGACACAGCUCGUUCAAGAGUGGAACGGUGCGCAAGGUGGGUCCGAUCGGCCAUACUUCGUGCUGCGCGAUCAGGAAGCACUGGCAAAGCUGAAGCUCGCUUUGGAUCGCAAAUUUAACGUUCAUUCUAUUGGCCUUUCACCGGAUGCGCUCGUACCCGUCCUGCUAACUCUUAAAACGCGCGGCAAUCCGGGCGAUAAUGCGAUAAUCUGCCUGCCCAAUCGGGGUGACUUCCGCACGAACAAAACCAACCGCCUAUCGGCCAUCCAUGGGCCGGUUUAUGUGGAACCCGCACGUAAAGAUCCACACGGCGCUGAACGGAUCGUACUACGGGCGCAACAUCUAAAAACACUGAAGCGGCUACGGAACCGACGGGUACGGGAGAAGAUACGCUUGCAGCGUGCCAAUCCGGGUGUGUUGGUGCGCAUCCCGCAGGCAAACAACCGUGCACUGGUCGAGGAACAGCUGAAGCGGAUGGCCGAACUGUGGCUACCGGCGAAACCGGCCACCAUUCGCAACCAGUGCAGCCGGGAGUGCUUCGGCUAUGUGACGCAGGGUGGAUUUAGUCUGUCCGAGGGAACGGUCAACGGAAUUGGAUACGUAACGGCGAAGGGUUUAGUGAAGUUGUUUAAAAUCUGUACCAAAGGUACGGUCAAGGUGCUCGUAAGGGGCACACGUACCAGAGGCUAUCGCUUCGCCACGAUACGCUUAGCAUACUAA